AUGCAACCUGAAUAAAUAGUAGAUUAAGAAAUAUUUAAUAGAGUAUUCGAAAAUUCUUCAUAAUAUCUCUUUCAAGAAAAAACAGUAAUAUAAUAAACUCCAUCAGGAAAUAAUUUAUUUAUUGAAAUAAAAGACAGCAAACAAACUAAAAUUGAUUUAAUAAAGGUGAUGGAAUCUGAUCAAAAGAAUAAAGGAGAGUUAAGAUAAUAUAAAAAUAAUUUGGAUCGUUCCACACCACCAUCUAUUCACAUUUUGGAACCUCAAAUAACAUUAUAAAAUCAAAGCGUUCCUUAAAUCCAUGACUCUGCAGGUAAAACAUAUCUUCAGCAGAGAUUAUAUCAAUAAGCAGUCUAUAAUGGAGAGUUUCAUAUUUCAGAUAGAUCUUAAACUAAUUUUUAGUAAGCUAUAUCAAGAUUAUAGGAAUAACUUACUCAAUUAAUACAAAUCUAACUAACUUUAAAAAAGAGAUAUCUCAUGGGUUUAUUUCUUGAUUCUGAUAAGUGUUAUCUAAAUUGUCAUAUACUUCACAUAUAUACUAAAUAACUAAGGAUUUUAUUAUCUUGGAAGAUGGAACAAGGGGAUUGAUAAUGAUGGUACUUAUUCAAUUUUAAUUAGGUGUAAUUUGUGGUUAUGGAAGAGCAGAAAAUUAUCCAUUUAUUUAUUUGAAUAAUCCAAUGAAAGAUUAUUUAUAUUAAAGAGUAUGUAUUUCUGAAUGUCCAAAUGAAGAGUAGAAACAAAUUAAUUGUUUGAGUAAUCACUAAAUUAUUAAUUGUAAUCCAUAGAUCAAUAUAUAAGAUCCAAAUAAGGAUUUCAUUAUUUAUUCAACUUUUAGAUGUAGAAUAAAUUAUAUAAUUUAGAUCAAAAUAGUAUUUGUAUUCCUAAAACCAUGAAUUACUUUUAUCAAUCUCAAGAAGUAUAUAAAUUUGAUUUAAUUUAAUCAUGCCUCUCAGAUUUGUGGGUUAUGAGAUAUCCUAUAUUUCUUACUUUUUUUGUGAUCAUUUUUCUAAAGAUUAUUUUAGAUAAAUUGAUAAAGAUUAGAGUACAAAAAAUAUAUUUAUCAUGCAUUGUUCUCAUCUUUUUAAUUGGAAUUGCAGGAGUCUAUUUUUUUCAUUAGUUUAUCAAAUUGAUAAACAUUGAUUCAUUUAAUACGUAAUCUCUCAAUAUUUAUUAAAUUUAUAGACAAAUAGCAACAAUGAAAGUUGGUUAUGCCUUUGUUUUAGAACAUACUUCAUAACCAAAUCCAUAUUUAGCAUUAAUGAUGUCUAUUAUUUUGGUUAUAGUUUUUUAUGUUAUGGCUUUCUUGUUUUACAAAUUACAUAAUUAGAUUAAAUUAUUAUUUAUUGGUUUAAAACUUAUGAGAAAAUUUCAAAAAUCUUAAAAAAUGCUCAAAAUUUUAAUAUUUUUUAAUUUAUUAAAAUUUCUAAUAUUCAUUACAUACUUUUAUACUCUAAUGACUACUUUAGCCUAGCCUAAUAUUGAAACAAAUAGAAAAAUAUAUUAAACUGGUUUAUCCUAUACAUAAUAUUGUUUAGGCAUAUUUUUAUAUUUUUCUCUUAGAUACUAUUAUUUUUUAUUAGAUAAUGUAUUGAAUAUUUUUACAAGUUCAUUAUUUUUGGAAUGGUAUGGAUUAGAAUUAAUUCAAUAGAAUGAACUAGACAAAACAUAAAAUUUCAAUAUUGCUCAAAAGAAAACUCUUAUUUAUAAUAUUGGUAGUGUCAUAGCUUAAAGUUCAAUCAUAUUCUUUACAGAUUAUUUUGUAAAUCUUUGGAAUAUUUUUGGAAUAAUAAGUAAAAAAUUAAAACUAAAAUUAUUCAUACAAGACUAUAAUCAUUAUUCUUCAUUGAAUUAAAUGUCUACUAUUGUAAAAUUAUAUAUUUAAUACUUAGCUAUCACUAAAGAAUUGCAAUUUUUAAAAUGCUUUAGAAAUAGUUGAAUAAUUAAAUGGAAUGAUAUCACCUAUUCAUUAAAAGAAAAUGAUUUAAAUGUCCCAAGUAUAUGGAUAUUUGAAUCAAUAUUUUGUGAGUUUAUUAGCAACAAUGAUAAUUUAUGCUAUACAGAGAUUACUAUAUUGGGAUUAAUUAUUUUCAAUGUAUCCAGGUUUAGCUAUGGGAUUCAUGAUUGGAUUAUUUGUAUCUCAAGCUCAUUACGUUGAAAUGUAAUCAGGAAUUUAAAGCUUGUUCCAUAUUUAUUUUCUUGAUUAAGAGCAAUCAUUGCUUUUGGGAAUCUUGACUUUUUUUCGAAGAAAGGACAAAAAAAAAAUGAUAUCUCAUAUCGAAUAAUAAAUUAAGGACUUUAAAAAAUAGAUAGAAAAAUGA